CUCCCCCGCCGCCGGCGCCCUCCUCCCGCAGAUGCUCGCACUCCUCUGCCGGCGGGGCCAUCCCGGGCCCCGCCGCGCUCGUCCCGGCAGCAUCCCGGUCCGGCGGUGCACCCCGCCCGCGGCUCCCGAGAGCGCGAGGCAGCAGGACGCGGCGAGCGGUUAUGUAAGCGCAUCCCCUGCUCGGCCUCGCGGCCGCCACCCCCAAAAUACUGUACAGCCGGGGAGGCAGCGACGCGAAGGCGGCGGCCGGAUGAGCAGAGAACCCCUUCCAGCUCAGCCCACGCCGAACCAUCCUCCUCCGUCCGGUGCGCUCUCCCCUAAAUCCAGAGCGAGGGUGGCGUUCCGCGCAGUGGUGUCUUCGGACGCUGCAGGAUCUCGCAAGCCCGUUUUGUUUUUCCGUGGAGGAUCAUGGGCGGGGGUUUACGGCGUUUGGAAGCCUCAGUCCAUACCCACUGUCCACCAAAACGCCCUGACGUCCUGAGGCCAUGCAAUAAAUGGACUGAGAUCCAGACGUGGAACUGCACCCCGAGGCCACCGUUGUUGCCAGUGGCUGGCCCAGUUUGACCCAGGGCUCUUUGCCCAACUCCAGCAGGCUUUUGCCUCCCGUUGACAGGACGCAGCAGUAAGCCGACCUGACUUCUGCCAGACCUCCAAAGGCCUUCUUCCUCAAGGUCUCCAGGGCAGCUUCGGUGUCCUCUUCCCAACCUCCUACAGAGGUAGAUGGUAAAGAACACUCCAGAGAAAAUAUGACUGUCCUUCGAAGGCGGAUACACAGAACCCUCGGGCAGAAAUGCUUGUGGCAUCUGAGGACAAUUUACACACACACAGGUCUCCAGACCCUUGGGUGACAACCCCCCCUCUCUCUCCCUCUCCCUCCCCACUCCCCGUCAAGCCGCCCCCCUCCCCUUUCCGCUUAAACCAGAAAGGAGUGGCAAUGUUGACACUCAGUGACCUUCGGCCUCCUUCUCAGAAAGACAGCAGGUCAUCACCCAUAGAAGAAAGGAAGUGAAAGAAAAAGUUCAAGUCUUCAUAGAGUACAAAUGCUGAGAGCGGAAAGACCAACAGGGAAGGAAGGAAGUACAAGCCGGACAAGCAGGUCCCCGCGUGCGCACCUGCCUGCAGGGAGGAAUCAAUCUCCAUUUUAUCCUUAAGUCUUCCUGCAGGGGAGAACAGGUUGGAUGGAAAGAGACAGGCCAAGCCCUAAUGACAUCACUGUCCAUCUUCCUGGUCACCAUCAGCAACUUCCCUCACAACACUGAUGAAAGAAAAAAAAAAAAAAAAGGAAGACUCCAAAGAAACACACACUGCAAACUCCGUGGUAAUAGUCCUGUAGAAAAACAUGAUUCUCCAUCCCAGAAAAACCAGCAACACCUUUACAGAGACACAAAGAUCAAAGCUGGAGACGGGAAAACUGGCUUACACGAUGCUUCUCCCCUAAGAAGAGGGUCUGGAUCUUUAUGUGAAAGGAAACACUGAACAGGGGAAGCAUUACUUUAUGUGUCCUCUGUUGGGACUUUGAAAAAGCUAAACUCAUCUCUGUGCAGGGCCUAAUAAUUAAAAUGUGUGCUUAAGGCUGGUCUUCUCCAGGGCCCAUUUUGCAUCAUGGCUAGGUGACAGUAGUCGUACUGGACCUUAACUUCCUUCA